AUGUGGCCACCUGUCCCGCUGCCAUUCCGGUUGACACCACCCCGCUGCCUGCUGCCCGCAGAAGCUCACCCCGCCGUCGCCUGCACUGCUGGCCCCAUGUCGGUAGCGCGAUUCCCCAUCGUUGCACCCUCACGCCGUAGGAGAGGAGUGCCUCAGGGCCUCAGGGCCACGUUCAGCCGCACGGACCUCCUCCACUCGUCCGUUCCUAUUCCUAUAAACCCGGGCUUGUUUGGCGGACUGACUUCUAUCCCCCCUCCCCUUCACCUCCGAUCCCUACAAUCUCUCCAAUCCCGCGAUCCCAUAAAGCCGUAUUAUUUGCUAUUUUGCUGCUGGCAGUUGGUUGGCGGUUGGGAAGGCGGCUCGUGGCUGACGUUGUCUGACGGGCUGACGGUUGGCGGUUGGUUGGUUGACAGUCGGUUGGUUGGUGUCGACCCUCGCCGCACAGACCCGGGCGAUUUCUCUGCCCUACGCUCUACGCUCUACGCUCUACGACGCCUGCCUGUCGGGUGGCCGCAUCCUGCUCUCCUGCUCUCCUGCUCUCCUGCUCUUCGCGAGUGCGAGUGUUUGUGGGAUUGUGGGAGUGUUUGUGGGACCGUGCUGGUGCUGGUGCUCGUGCUCGAGUAUUUAUGGGUCCGUGCUGGUGCUGGUGCUCGUCCCCCGCGCGACGGCGAGAGCGCAUCGCAUCGCGUUGGCCACUGCUCGUAUGCGUACGCAAACGCGAAUACGAACGCGAACGUGCGGUAA